UUAGUUUUGGUUGGACCAAAUCAUUCAAAUCUUCCAGUUCCCGUUUUUUCGAAUCAACGACUCCCAUUUUCGUCAAUGAAAAUGCAUGACAUGCCAUAACAAUCUCUAAUCCAAGAUCUCUCUCUCUCUCUCUCUCUGUUCCAAGCUCUCCACGCAGCUGAGAUACCACACGUUAGAGAGAACAAUGGGGAAGGUGUUGGUAGGUGCGGCGGUGAUAUGCGCGGCGGCAGUGUGCGCGGCUGCGGCGGCAGUGGUGGUGCGCCGCAGCAUGCGGCGCGCGGCGCGGUGGGACCGGGUGAAGGCCAUAGUGAAGGAGUUUGAGGAGAAAUGUGGGACUUCCAUUGAGAAGCUGAAGCAGGUGGCUGAUGCCAUGAAUUUGGAGAUGCACAACGGGCUUGUCUCUGAUUCUGGAGAUGCCAGCAAGCUCAAGAUGCUCAUCACCUAUGUCGACAAUCUCCCAACUGGAAAUGAGAAAGGAGUGUUUUAUGCAUUGGACCUUGGAGGGACAAAUUUCCGCGUGUUGAGGGUGCAAUUGGGAGGGAAGGACGAUGGUAUUGUCAAUCAAGAAUUCGCCGAAGUGUCAAUUCCUUCAGAUUUGAUGGUUGGAACUUCAGAGGCACUAUUUGAUUUUAUUGCGGGAGAACUUGCAAAAUUUGUUGAUCAAGAAGGAGAGGGUUUUCAACUUCCGCCUGGUAGGCAGAGGGAACUUGGUUUUACGUUCUCAUUUCCUGUGAUGCAAUCAUCAAUUGCUUCUGGGCACCUUAUUAAGUGGACGAAAGGCUUCUCCAUAGAUGAUGCGGUUGGCCAAGACAUUGUGGCGGAAUUAACAAAAGCAAUGGAGAGACAAGGUGUUGACAUGCGUGUGUCAGCUUUGGUGAAUGAUACGGUUGGGACAUUAGCUGGAGGUAGACAUUCCAACAGGGAUGUUGUUGCUGCUGUUAUCUUGGGUACUGGAACAAAUGCAGCAUAUGUUGAACAUGCACAUGCAAUACCAAAAUUGAACGGUCUUCUGCCUAAAUCUGGAGAAAUGGUUAUCAACAUGGAGUGGGGUAACUUUAGGUCAUCACAUCUUCCGUUAACAGAGUAUGAUCAUGCACUGGAUGCUGAGAGUUUGAAUCCAGGUGAACAGAUUUUUGAGAAGAUAAUUUCUGGUAUGUAUUUGGGAGAAAUUGUUCGCAGAGUUCUGUGCAGAAUGGCUGAAGAAGCUUCCAUAUUUGGUGACACCAUUCCACCAAAACUAAAAGUUCCGUUCAUAUUGAGGACACCUGACAUGUCAGCAAUGCAUCAUGACACAUCUUCUGAUCUGAAAGUGGUUGAUAACAAAUUGAAGAAUAUUUUAGAGAUACCUAAUACCUCCCUCGAAAUAAGAAAAGUUGUCGUCGAGCUCUGCGACAUUGUUGCAACACGUGGGGCUCGUCUUGCUGCUGCUGGGAUCUUGGGCAUCCUGAUGAAAUUAGGAAGAGACACAAUCAAGCAUGUGGAGAAACAGAGGGCAGCGAUAGCCUUGGAUGGUGGAUUAUACGAGCAUUACACUGAAUAUAGGGAGUGCUUGGAGAAUACAUUAAAAGAAUUGCUCGGAGAAGAAGUCUCACAAAGCAUUGUCAUUGAGCUCUCCAAAGAUGGGUCAGGUAUCGGAGCUGCUCUUCUUGCUGCGUCUCACUCACGAUACCUUGAAGCCGACGAGUCCUGAGAACGGUCAGGUCCGAAUCAUUGAGGUUUUUUUUUUCUUUUAAGUAAAUUUUCACUGUAUCAUUUUCGCAUUCUUACAACCUUAGGUCACCUUUUCCACUUCUAAAACAAUAAUGGCUUCUCUUUAAUUUUCAUCCUCCGUGCUUCUUGGUUUAGGAGGUUGCUUGUGUGAAUUAUUAGAGUAUGGCUUUGCAGAACAUGUAAAAGAGGUGGACUGAAUGUAUAAAAGCGGGACCUGGAAGCGGCAAAGCUCUUCCGUUUCGGCCUGCAAUCUUACUCUUAUUCUAUCAAAAUACUAUCCUGCUGGUAAUUACCAAUUUUUGCGUUCAAA